AGUCUUGUACGGUGUGCCGCGGCGUCCGCAGUCGCGCGGGGAGGGUCGGGAAGGUUUGCGACAGUGCGAGAGGCCGAGGCACUGCUGAGGACCCAGCAGGGCACGGAGAGAGUGGUGGACAGUGUCGACGAGAGUGGUACGGAAGAGAAGAGACAGAGCUGGUGGUGGCGCUCUGACGCUGAGGUGAGAACUGGCGAAGCUGCGAUGGAGGACACUGCAGAAGAGGACUGGCCGUGGAGUGGUCUGACCUGACAAAAGGCACCUGUGAAGGGCGCAAAGCGAAGCUCGAAAGCGCGAAGUGAUACUGCAGUAAGUGCAGUUAGUGACUAGAGACCCUGGAUCCCGGAAAGGUGCAUUUAUAGAUCAGCUAAGCUACACAUCUAGACCUUGAACUCUCACAUGAUCUUCACUGACAUUGGGAAGCUUCCAGCGACUUCAGCGACCCCAGGCCACAACGGGUGUCUGUGAGUGGCUUACAGUGACCUGCAGUGAUCCCGGAGUCUUCCAGUGACCUUCAUUGACCUCCGCUGGCCCGGUGACCUCGGCUGACCUCCGCCGACCACCAUGGCAGCCACGGCGGUGCGUCCGCCGGCCCUUCACAGUCCUUCCCACCAGCGCCAGCGACUCCAGGUGAAGCGCUCGCGCUCUUUACCGCACGACGAGCUGCGCCGCCAGCUAGCGCGUAGUGAGAGCGGCAUCAGCGGCGGCAAGGACUCCGGCAUCGUCAGUGAGCAGCCCAGUAUAGGCAGUGAGCAGGCGAGCGGGAUCCACUCCGAGCUCCCCAGCGCGGCCGGUAGCGAUCUGCCCAGUGAUGUGGUGCGCGAAGUGCAGCGCGAGCGGGACUCUCGCGCGCGGCGUGUCACCACAGACGGAAAGACGGCCACGAUUCGUCAGCACUACUACCCCGAGGGUGGCUGGGGCGUGGUGGUGGUGACCGUGGCGUGUGUGGUCCAGGUGCUCUGUCACGGCCUUCACACGGGCUACGGUGCGCUGCUGCUCUUUGUGCUGCAGGAGUUCAGGGAGCAGCGCAGCACGGCCGCAGGCUGUGUGGGCGCAUUCUCCAUGGCCCUGUCGCUGGCCGUAUCACCGCUCACCAUUGCCAUCUGUCGGCGGAAGUCGACACGACUAACUGCCGUGCUGGGCGGCCUGGUGGCAGCACUGGGCUGUCUCUUCACCUCGUUCGCGUCUCAGUUUCAUCAGUUGUUCUUUUCCUACUGCAUUGUGAUAGGUCUGGGUGUGGGUAUGACCCGAGACAGCUCGGCUCUGAUGGUCGGUCAAUACUUCAAACGGCGUCGCGAGCUGGUGGAGAUCUUUGUCGUCUCUGGCAGCGGGCUUGGCGUCACCGUGAUGUCAGUCUUCGUCAAUGGCACGGUGGGGUGGGCUGGCUGGCGGCUCGGCCUCCAGGCCGUCACCGGGGCCGUCUUCGUCACCUUCCUCUUGGGCACGUGCUACCGGUCGGCUUCCCUCUAUCACCCCCAGAGGAGGGCCAUCCUGCACCUCAAAAACCAAAAACGCAAGGUCAAAGACAAGAAGACGGCAAAUAAAGUGGUGAAACCGGUCAAUAAGUCGGAGGACAAGCCGCCGUUUUUCGAUCUGACCACGCUCAAGUCGCGGACGGUGCAGAUUCUCCUGCUCUCCACGUCUCUGUCUUCGUUUGGUCUGAACACCCCUCUUGUCUACAUUGCGCACGAGGCGGAGCGGGACGGUGUGGAGGCCGGCUCCCUGGUGCUGCUGCAGACCUACCUGGGACUGGCCUGGGUGCUCGGCUGCGUCACCUUUGGCGCCGUGGUGGUGCAGAACAGCACAGAGUGCCGCAUCGGCCGCCAGUACCUGUGCCAGGCCUCGGCGCUCCUCUGCGGCGUGUCCAUACUCGGCUGCACGGCCGUCCGCGGCUACGGCGGCUACGUCCUCUUCGUCUGGGUGUACGGCCUCUUCUGCGGCGCCUACAGCUACAGCCUGAAGAUGUUUGCGUAUGAGAAAGUGCGCGCCCGAAAUUUCGCCAGCACGUGGGGCUUCAUUCAGUGCUCGCAGGCGAUACCGAUCGCACUGGGAGUGCCAAUUGCAGGGUACAUCAACGUCACGGCCGGCGGCAAGGCGGGCUUCUACUUCUCCAGCACGUUCGUGGUCAUGGGCAGCCUGACCAUCUCGCUGAUAGACGUACACCGGCGCCGGCGGCGGCAGCGGCACGCGCGCAAACACCACAAGACAAAGCGAGAGUGCAGCGAGGACUGCAAGAAGACGGAGCGCCGCUCGAGCCUUCCGGAGGAGGACGUUCCGCUGCCGAUCGGGAUCACCCUGCAGCCGAGCUUUAUCAUGGAGCUGCUGGACGCCAAUCAGAAGGAGCUGACGUGUAUCAGUGAGGAGGGCAUCGCCGACAUGGACAUCCCCGACCACAUCCUGGAGGAGCUGGAGAUCUUCGGCGACAUCACCACCUGCAACCAGGUGGAGAACUACCUCAUGCUGAGCGAGUAUGAGAACAAUCUGAACGGACAGGGCCACGAGCACGCCGACAAGAGGCGGAGACGCUCUCUUCUGCAGACGACAGAAGAUGGCAGGCAUACGCUGCGUGAGUCGUGGAGGUAUUUCCUGAACCGACACCGAAGCAUCACCACCAUAGACGAAGCGUCCGUGUGACCUGACCUACCGUGACCUUGACCUUGGGAGGGACUGUGAACGACCUGGGUCAAGGACAAUCACGGGGUCAUUAUAGGUGAUGUGUGGUGUUGGACUCGGUGAAUUGAAAAGCCAAGUGUCGGAAAGUGUGUAAUGCUGACAGCCAAUGUAAGCUGUCACAGCUGGUAUAACACGAUGCCGAGACACUGAAUAUGCGGUGCUCCUGACUCAUUGAAGGGACGUUCCAUCCGCAACUUGUGGUGUCAGCGGCCCUUCGCUAUGACGUCACGCCAUGUCAGACUUUCCGAACGGACGUCAGGUGCUUGGCUGCCAGGGGACAUGUAACGUCAUACGUUGGCAUCUCAGCGACGAAAGGGGUGCCAAAACCCUACGAUCUUCCUAGUCAUCAGAAUACUCGACGUUUGCGUGCUAUAUAGUAUUACGUCAUUCUGCGUUCUUGUUUAUAAGAAAGGAACGGUGAGCAUGCUGCGCGUUGACAGAGUGAUAAUGAAUGUUUUGAUGUAUUUUAGUUGCUAUAAAUGAGGUAUAUAUGUCACAAGGGAAGGUAUAUAAUAUUCAUCACUGGUCAUACAUAAAUGCAUUCAAACAUACAUCAUCUUAUUAGCGUAACUUAUGAAUGCUGCUUCAGAGUGACAGCGGGUGCGAUUGUGCCGAGUUAGUCGAAUUUUCAAAUGAUAUCUUUGACAUAUGCCUAUGUGUUGUUAUCAUCAUCCGAAACGUUUUGUGUGAUGUGUCAUGGCUAUUUUGGUUUCGCAGGCAUUUUGGUUAUUUUAGUUUAUUUCACUAGACAUAAAUUUACCGUUUUUGGUAUAAAUGUAGGUGAACAACUUGCUAUACAUCGACAAUUGUGAUGGAACCAUUUUUGAGUCGUAUACUGCUGACGCUGAGUGAUGAGUCAGAAAUAAAAUGUGCAUGGUA